UGAAAAAUAGUAAACUCUGCUAGUUUGUGGGAUUACGUAACAACCUAUAUAUAUAUAUGUAGCUCUGUGGAAUAAAGUCACUAAUAGGCAUGAUUGUACAGCCAACUAAGUCAAAAUGAAAGUGUAACUGACAAAGGAGCGAGAGAUUGAUCACACUCUUUGUUUGUAUGCAUAAGUUUGGCUGGUAGUGUUUAACUGAAAUCACUGCACCGUCGGUUAGGAUGCUCGCCCACCAUGAAGAUGGUCUGGGUUUCGAUCCCCGACUGACUCACAACUGUAAUCACUGGCCGGCCUGCUAAAUUUGGACUAACGGUAUCAAAUGCUUAAAAAGUCCACAGUUGUACCAAAAUACUGUAUGGAAACGAGGCAAAGCGGCAGGACCCGACGGAAUUAUUCCGGAGGUGUUUAAAUAUGGGGGUGACAUACUAGUUUGUAGAUUAACUGAGGUACUAGGCAAAGUCUGGGAAUCAGAGACAGUCCAUCAGACUGGGGUAAGUCACUUAUUAUACCGAUAUUCAAGAAGGGAAACAAGUCCUCGUGUGAUAAUCAUAGGGGGAUCAGCCUAACGAACAUAGUCUCUAAAAUCCUAGGCUCAGUAAUCAUGCAUAGACUAAGCAGAACUCGGGAGGAACAGACAAGGGAAAAUCAAGCAGGCUUUAGACCAGGUAGAGGGUGCAUAGAUCAUAUCUUCACUCUUCGACAGAUUCUAGAACAUAGACACACUUUUCGGCGUCCAACAAUUGUCAUAUUUCUUGACUUGAAGGCGGCCUUCGACUCCGUGGAUCGAAAGGUACUAUGGCAAUGUCUGACUGUGAAGGGAGUGCCAAGAAAGUACAUUGCACUAAUCAAGGCACUCUAUUCAAACUCACGUAGUCGUGUAAGGGCUUAUGGGGAAUUGUCAUCUGAAUUGGUAACAACCAGUGGUGUCCGACAGGGAUGUCCACUUUCCCCAUUUCUGUUUAACUUCAUCAUAGAUAUGCUGAUGGAAGUAUCCUUAACUGAACGUAAUGACUUAGGAAUCGACUUGUUACCAGGGAAUAGUCUUAUGGACUUAGAAUAUGCAGAUGACAUAGUCCUGUUAGGGGAGGAUGCUGACAAAAUGCAGAGUCUUCUGAACACCUUGAGCAGCAAUCUUCGUAUGUUUGGCAUGCGAUUCGCCCCUGCAAAAUGUAAGAUGCUGCUACAGGACUGGACUACGUCAACUCCUAACUUAGUGAUAGGGAGUGAAGUGAUAGAACAUGUUGACCACUUCACCUAUUUGGGAAGUUGUAUUAGCACCAACGGACUGAUUGGCGAUGAAAUCUCAGCACGGAUCCGAAAAGCUCGAGCUGCUUUCGCUGACUUACACCAUCUCUGGCGUAGGCGUGACAUCCGGUUAUCAACCAAGGGACGUGUGUACUGCUCAUCAGUUCGCUCCGUCCUUCUCUAUGGCUCUGAAACAUGGCCAAUACGCGUUGAAGACAUGAAAAGGUUGACUGCUUUCGAUCAUAGAUGUCUGCGAUCUCUGUCUCACGUUAGGUGGUUUAAUAAGGUAAGUAAUGUUGACGUUAGGCGUAGAGUGUUGGGCAAAGAGGGAAAAUCAAUCGACGAGGCUAUAAAGUUACAUAGACUGAGAUGGCUAGGUCACGUGCUGCGCAUGCCUAACCACCGCCUCCCCCGACGGGCAUUGCUAGCUGAUAUAGGUUCAGGUUGGAAAAGAGCCAGUGGUGGCCAAACAAAAACAUGGCAUCAAUCCAUGAAAUCCUUGACAGUUAAACUGAGUCAGGUAGGGAGAUGCAGACUUCCGGGUUGGGGCCCUCGGGACUCUAGGAAUCAAUGGCUGGAGACAAUAGGUGACAUGGCUCAAAAUCGUUGUCAAUGGCGCAGAUGUAUUCAGUCUCUGUAAUCUUUCAUAUUCCUUUCUACCAUUACCCAUUCUGUUUCACUCUUAUACUUGUCAAACUCUAUUGAUUCUCUUCACUCAUCUUCUUGUCUACCUUU